AUGUCUAUGGAUGAUGCUAGGUCUUAUGCGAUGUAUGCUGAUGUUGACUAUAGUGCUGCUGGAUCUGUUUACUUGCCUGUACCUAGCGUAGGAUCUUUGCCUGUUGCUAGAGUAGGUGCUGGUGUAGGAUCCUGUCUAGCUACUAGUACAGGUGCUCCCUCGGCGGACGCGUCGCUCUCCUUCACACUGGACUCCGGAGCGACGCAGUGCUUCUUCCGCGACAGCACGACUCUUACUCCACUCUCGGCGCCGGUUUCUGUAGCACUGGCCGAUCCCUCUUCGGGACCGGUCAUUGCGACUCACGCCACUACCCUCCCGUGCCCAGCUGCCCCUUCCGGUUCUCUGACCGGCCUCCACGUUCCUACUUUCUCUAGGAACCUGGUUGGUGUGGCUCCUCUGGCGAGACAGCACGUCGGGGUCUGGUUUGAGCCUUCUGGUGACACUGCAGUCUGUGUGGACGGUGACACGUACGCCCCUCUGGCCACUUUUCGUCAGGAGCCGGGCUCUGGUCUGUACACCCUCCACACCGACACCCGUCCGGUUCCCCCGUCCCACCAGGUAGCCAGGUCCAGUCAGGUAGCUGUGCCAGGUCUAGUGGCUGCGUCGUGCUCGUGUCGGUCGCUGUCCCACCCUGUCCUCCUCUGGCACCACCGCCUUGGUCACCCGUCCCUCUCUCGUCUCCGCGCUAUGUCCAGUCAGCGUCUUGUCUUAGGCCUCCCCCGCGACCUCCCGCCGCUCCCGCCGUCCCCCGCUCCUCCGUGCGGUCCUUGUGUCCAGGGUCGGCUGCGCGCCACUCCUCACUCCUCCUCCCUUCGUCCAGCCUCCGAGCCCUUUGAGACACUCCACUUAGACGUCUGGGGCCCCGCUUCCCGGCUUGGACCUGAGCGAGAGAGCUUCUUUCUAGUGGUCGUUGACGACUACUCUCGGUACACCACCGUGUUCCCUUUGGCGAAGAAGUCCGACGUGACUUCCACGUUGAUCCGGUGGCUGCUCGCCACCGAGAGUACUCGUCGUCGUCGUGUCAGUUGUCUCCACUCCGACCGUGGGGGUGAGUUUCGCUCCGGCAUUCUCGCCAGAUUCUGUGCUGAGCAGGGCAUCACCCAGUCCUGGACUCUUCCAGACUCUCCACAGCAGAAUGGGGUUGCUGAGCGCCGGCUAGGCCUGGUCAUGGAGAUUGCCCGCACCUCCAUGAUCCACGCCCGCGCGCCCCAUUUUCUGUGGCCCUACGCGGCUCGGUACGCCGCUCACCAGCUGAACCUCUGGCCUCGCGUCUCUCGGCCAGGGGCUUCACCGACCAGUCUUUGGACAGGGUCCCCUGGUGUUGCGUCGAGGUUUAGUGUCUGGGGCUGCUUGGCGCUUGUCCGCGACACCUCUGCGGACAAGCUCUCACCUCGCGGCGUCCCCUGUGUCUUCCUUGGUUUCCCUGAGGCCUCCUCUGACUUCACCUUUUACCACCCUCCCUCCCACCGGUUCUUUGACUCUCGUGACGUCAGUUUCGACGAGUCCGUCCCCUACUACGUCCGGUACCCCUGUCGAGGUCUCCCGGUUCCCCCCCCUCCCCUCUUCCUCGCCCCAGCUCCUCCUCCUCCCGCUCCCUCUCCUCCGGUACCCCCCCCGGUUCCCGCUCCGUCAGGUGUGUCACAGGCUACCCCCCCUCCCUCGGUACCCCCCCAGGUCUCUCCUCCUUCCCCACAGUCGUCCUCACAGCCUCCGCAGCAGCCGUCGGCGCUUCCUCUCCCGGCCACUGCGGACUCUGAGGGUGUUGGUGCUCGAGGUGAGGGCUCUGGCGGUGCCGGUUCUGGGGGUGUUGGAGUUGGAGCUGAGCGUGCACCUGCCGCAGCUGCACGUCCCGAGCGUGUUGGAGUCGGUGGUGGUGCUGGAGCUGGUCGUGUUUCUGGAGCUGGAGAGUCUGGGGCUGGUGCUGGUGCCACUGGGCGCACCACGACUGGGGGUGCGGGUUUGCCUUCCACAGGUGCUGGUCGUGCUGCAGCGGGGGGCACUCGCUCUGGGGGUGCUCAGCCGGGCGCUGUCGAGGGUGGAGCCGGUUCUUCGUCUUCCUCUCCUGACCUCACUCCUCCUCCUCACUCCUACCCGACUCGACACCAGGCCCGUCUUCGUCUUGAGCGUGAGGAGCAGCAGCGUUUGGAGCGCGAGAGGUUGGAGGUUCAGCAGCGGGUGGAGCGUGAGAGGUUGGAGUUGCAGCGGGAGCAGCAGCAGCAGCAGCAGCAGCCGGAGCAGUCUCCGGCCCCUGUUUCUGGCCUUCGGGCCCUUGGUCUCCCCUCCUCUCCUCCUGUGUUCGGUCCUACGUUUCCUCCUCCGGACUCAGCUCCGGCUGUGUUCCCUCGUUCUCGCUCUCCCCCCUCUCCCUCUCCACUUGCCCACACUUGGGCUCCUCGUUCUCCUCGUGCUCGUCCCUCGUCCCCCGUCACUGACCUCCGUGCCGCCUUGUUUCACCCUAGCCCUCCUCGUUCUCCUCCGUCUGUUCUUCCUCGUCCUCCGGAGUCGUCCCUCACUGCCGCCCUGUCCACUCCUGUCACUGACUACUACCGCACUUACCGUCCCACUCUCUCUCGCGUUCUCGCCUCUCUUGUUACAGACCCUCGUGCCUCUCCUUCCUCUGUCGCAGUCCUCACUGCCGCUGUCACUGACUUUACUGCCACGCGUCGCCUUGACUACGCCACUCGUGUUGUGGCAGCUCCUCCUGUCCGUCCUCUGUCCGCCGGGGGUGUGUCUGCCCUUGGCUGUGACGUCCUAGAGGACAGACAGUUUGAGCUAGAGUUCUUAGCAGCCGCUUCGCCUCAUCUCUGUGCCAUGCUCCUUGCUCCUGAGGGUGACCCCGACGCUCCUGACAUACCUACUCCUCGCACUUACGCUGAGGCAGUGUCAGGGCCUUGGGCCUCUCAGUGGCGAGCUGCCAUGGACGCAGAGAUGGCCUCCUACAGGUCCACAGGCACUUACGUUGACGACGUUCCCCCACCAGGGGCGAACAUAGUCGACGGCAUGUGGAUCUUCAAGGUGAAGCGGCCGUCGGGAUCUCCCCCAGUCUUCAAGGCACGUUACGUGGCUAGAGGGUUUAGUCAGCGCGAGGGGGUUGACUUCUUUCAGACCUUUGCGCCCACCCCGAAGAUGACCACUCUUCGGGUGUUGCUUCACGUAGCGGCGCAGAGAGACUACGAGCUACACUCCCUCGACUUCUCCACAGCGUUCCUGCAGGGCCGCCUACACGAGGAGAUCUGGCUGCGUCGUCCUCCGGGCUUCACUGGCACCUUCCCGCCUGGGACCCAGUGGAGCCUCAGACGACCGGUUGUCGGUCUCCGCCAGGCACCCCGCGAGUGGCACGACACUCUUCGUUCUACUCUUUCCGACCUUGGUUUUCAGCCGUCCUCCGCCGACCCGUCGCUGUUUGUUCGUCGUGGGCGCACACCUUUCUUUGUUCUGGUCUACGUUGACGACUUGGUCUUCGCCACAGCCGACACUGUUGCACUGGCGGAGGUGAAGUCCGAACUGCAGAAGAGACACACCUGCACUGACCUUGGGGAACUGCGCCGCUACCUUGGCUUGCAGAUCUCCAGGGACAGAGCCGCUCGCACCAUCACUCUGACUCAGUCACACAUGGUGCAGCAGGUCCUUCAGCGGUUCGGGCUUCAGCACUCCUCUCCCACACCCACUCCUCUUGCUGUAGACCACAGACUCACUGGGCCUUUUCCUGACGAGCCGUUCGAGCCCAGUGGUCCCUACGCAGAGCUGGUGGGCUGCCUCAUGUACCUGAUGACGUGCACUCGCCCGGACCUCGCCUUCCCUCUUAGCAUCCUUUCUCGCUUUGUUGCGACUGGGAGACACCGUCCUGUUCACUGGACGGCGGCUAAGAGGGUGGCGAAGUACCUGGCCACGACGUCAGACAUGGGGCUUGUACUUGGAGGGACUCAGCCAGUUGUUCUCACCGGUCACUGUGACUCCUCGUACGCUGACGACGCUGAGACUCAGAGGUCUACACAGGGUUACUGUUUCGGUCUUGGUUCUGGAGCUGUUUCGUGGAGGUCUACUCGGUCCUCCUCUGUUGCGACUUCUACCGCAGAGGCCGAGAUCUACGCUGGAGCCCUUGCUGCACAGGAGCUGCGCUGGUUGACCUUCUUGCUCACUGACCUUGGCGAGCGGCCGAGCUCUGCACCGACCUUGUUUGCUGACAACAAGGCGAUGAUUCUCCUGUGUCAUGAGCCUCGACUGGAGAGCAGAGUGAAGCACAUUGACGUCAGGUACUUCCUCCUUCGAGAGUUGCAGAGACGCGGACAGGCUCGUCUGGACUUUGUGGCCUCCGAGGCCAACACUGCAGACUUGUGA